AUUUAUUCGAGGAAUUGAUCCAUCAUUUGAUAGUCUUGCAUCACGUUUUCUUCAAGAAGAAAUCGAUGGAAAAGCUCUUUUACUUUUAACAACUGACACAUUAAUGAGACAUAUGGGCUUAAAACUUGGUCCAUCACUUAAAAUUAUUCAUCACAUUGAAAAAUUAAAAUGA